UCUGGCCUCACUAUAUAAAGCAGCAGAGUCGUCGGCCAGCUGGCACUUGCAGUGAGGAGACCAUGCGAGCAGCAGCCAUCUCCAUGCCAAAGUUAGACAAAAUGCCAGGAAUGGUCUUCUCUGCUAAAGAAUUGAAAGGAACGGGACAUUCACUUCUAGAUGACAGAACGCAGAAAAGGAGGCCAAAGACUUUUGGAAUGGACAUGAAAGCAUACCUGAGAUCCAUGAUCCCACAUCUGGAAUCUGGAAUGAAAUCAUCCAAAUCCAGGAACAUACUUUCUGCUGAUGAAGUGAUACAGUGGUCUCAAUCUCUGGAAAAACUUCUUGCCAACCAAACUGGUCAAGAUGUCUUUGGAAAUUUUCUAAAGUCAGAGUUCAGUGAGGAGAAUAUUGAGUUCUGGCUGGCUUGUGAAGACUAUAAAAAAACAGAGUCUGAUCUUUUGCACUGCAAAGCAGAGAAGAUAUAUAAAGCGUUUGUGCAUUCAGAUGCUGCUAAACAAAUCAAUAUUGACUUCCAUACUCGAGAAUCUACAGCCAAGAAGAUUAAAGCAGCAACCCCUACGUGUUUUGAUGAAGCCCAAAAAGUCAUAUAUACUCUUAUGGAAAAGGACUCUUACCCCAGGUUCCUCAAAUCAGAUAUUUACUUAAAUCUUCUAAAUGACCUUCAGGCUAAUAGCCUAAAGUGACUGGUUCCCGCUGAAGGGAGUUAAAAGGUGAUGUCAAGUACAGAAGGAAUGUGCCAGUUUGGCUCCCUGGGUGGAAAACGUGGCCUCUCUGGGUGACUUGAUGGGCCCAGGGGAAGAAGAAAUGACAGAAUGGAUUGACAUGGAAGGUACCCGGCACUGAGUCGCAGAAGCACAUGCAAGACAAAGUGGAAGACUGCAGAGGGGGGCGAUGGCACUGUCACAUGACACAGCGGGCCUCUGUGUCAGAAAAUCCCUCA